CACAAAAUGAAAAAAAUUAAUGAGCUGAUUGAUAAGAGCCACCUUCCCCACAAGGCGAAUAAUUCCAGAUUGCGACAGAGUUAAAUCCCAAAAAUGGGUAUUUAAGAAAAUGCCAAACCCUCAAUAAUAAUUUAAGCCCACAGUCGGAGAGGACAAAAUAUACAGGCAAAAGAGAGGAUCCCGGAAAGAAAUCCGCCGGGUUUCUUUCUGCAAUUUUUUAAUCUUUAAAAAGUAAAAAAAGUCUUCGUCUGUGCGGGCCAACUCACGAGGACAGGAGAGGAUUAAAAUAAUACAAAGGUUAAGCCCAGCAGGUAUUUGAGGGGCGGUGGGCGAGGCGCAAUGUGGGCCGUCCGAUGGGGCUCAGCUCUGACCGGGGGUUAAUCAUAAGGAUUAGAUUUGGGGUUUGAUCUGUACAGGAUACAUAGGAAGGGGGGAGUAGAUACAGAAAGACCCAAGAGGAAGAGGAAAUACAGAGUGAAGAGGAAGAGGAAGGGGAUUUCAGGUGCAAGAUUGGAAUUUUUUGCUUUCUGGGUUGUGUUGGAUGGUCUGAAGGUACGAAAGGAGGUGGAAAUGGCCGGGUCGGGGCCGGGCGGGCAGGUCAGGGCCAGGGCCGGGGCCUAAUCUGAGCGUCUGUCUAAUCUAUGUAUUUGUAGUGGGAGUAAAAAGAGUAUGGUGGAGAAGAGGAGGAUGAGUACGGCGUUCCCUGACGAAGUGUUGGAACACGUAUUGGCGUUCCUGUCGUCGCACAGAGACAGGAACGCGGUGUCCCUCGUCUGUAAGUCAUGGUUUCGGGUGGAGGCGUGGAGCCGGCAGAGGGUUUUUAUUGGAAAUUGCUAUGCCGUAAGCCCGCAGGCGAUGAUAAAACGGUUUCCGCGCAUAAAGGCGGUGACGCUCAAGGGGAAGCCGCACUUUGCUGACUUCAAUCUAGUGCCCGCCGGGUGGGGCGCUGAUGUGCAGGCUUGGGUGGCCGCCAUGGCCAAGGCGUACCCGUGGCUGCAGGAGCUCCGCCUCAAGCGCAUGGUUGUUACUGACGAGACGCUCGAGCUGCUGGCGCACUCGUUCCCCAAUUUCAAGGUCUUGGUGCUCACCAGCUGCGAGGGCUUCAGCACUGACGGCCUUGCCACUAUUGCCGCGCACUGCAGGCACCUCACAGAAUUAGAUUUACAGGAGAAUGAUAUUGAAGAGCGUGAUGGCCAUUGGCUAAGUUGCUUUCCAGAGUCCAGCACAUCAUUGGUUUCUUUAAACUUCGCAUGCCUUAAUUGUGAGGUGAACUUUGAUGCACUUGAGAGAUUAGUUGCAAGAUGUACUUCACUUAGGAGUUUGAAAUUGAACCGCUGGGUGCCAUUGGAGCUACUUCAUCGGCUCUUGAUUCGAGCUCCACAUCUAGUGGAUUUAGGUACAGGUGCAUAUCUCCAUGAACCACGGACUGAACAAUAUGCUAAGCUUAAAUGUGCCUUUGAGAAUUGCAAGGGGCUUCAAAGCUUAUCAGGGUUUUGGGAGGUUGCACCUGUCUAUCUACCUUCAGUCUAUUCAGUCUGUUUGAAUUUGACAUCUCUGAACUUGAGUUAUGCAACCAUUCCGAGUGUGGAACUUAUUAAGCUUCUCGGCCAUUGCCACAAAUUGCAGCGCCUAUGGGUAUUGGAUUAUAUAGAAGACAAAGGACUUGAAGUGGUUGCCUCAACAUGCAAGGAUUUGGAGGAAUUGCGUGUUUUCCCAGUAGAUCCUUAUGGUCAAGGAGCCUUGUCAGAGCAAGGCUUAGUGGCUAUUUCAAGGGGCUGUCCAAAGCUCAAUUCUGUACUAUAUUUCUGCCAUCAAAUGACAAAUGUAGCUUUGACUACUGUUGCAAAGAAUUCUACUUCUCUUAUCCGUUUCCGUUUGGUUAUAAUUGACCCCACAAAGCCAGAUUCUGAAACAGGGCAUCCCUUGGAUGAAGGUUUUGGAGCUAUUGUUCAGUAUUGUAAAGGUUUGCGGCGUCUGUCAAUGUCUGGCUUCCUUACAGACAAAGUUUUUCAGUUGAUUGGCUCAUAUGCCAAGUGUUUGGAGAUGCUUUCUGUUGCUUUUGCUGGUGAGAGUGACUUUGGUAUGCAGUGUAUAUUAUCAGGCUGUACAAAUCUCCGUAAGCUUGAGAUAAGGGAUAGCCCCUUUGGUGAUGCGGCUCUUUUAUCAGGUCUAGAAAAGUAUGAAUCAAUGCGAUCCCUUUGGAUGUCAUCCUGUAAUGUUACUUUGGAUGGUUGCAAGGACUUGGCAGCAAGGAUGCCAAACUUGAACGUUGAAGUUAUCAAUGAAAGGGAUCAAUUUGAAAGCUUAGGUGUUAGAAAUCAUCCCAUGGAUAGGCUAUAUGUCUACAGGACACUGGCUGGACACCGGGAGGAUACACCAGAUUACGUGUGGACUUUGUAAUUGCUUUCAUUUUUACUGUACCAUGGAUAAGGUGAGCAGGUUCUUGUUAGAGCAACAAUAUUCCAACUGUGGGCAGGUCUUUCCUCUUUUAUACCACGGGUUAGGCUGGCAAGUUCUUGUUUUAUGUUUCACUUUGUGUUUCAAGAUCUGUAUGCCUUGUACAGACAAAUUGUAGUGUUAAAUACUGCUUGUCAUAGACCUGUAACCUUUAUAUCCUUUCAGCACCAUGUUGCAGUAUCCUACACUUCAGCACUUAACAGUUGCACUGCUUCUAAAUCAGCCACAACAAUUGUUUAGCUGCAGCAAUCCAGCAGCCUUUCAGGCUAAUAGUCUUACUUUAGUCUGUUAAUAUUUAUUUAACUCAGCAGGCAUACAUUUGGUUUGAUUUCAAUUUUUUUAAGAGAAUCCUGCCAGUAACUGUUGGUUAAGACUACCAUGUUAAACAAAAUGUCUUAUUUUAUUGACAAUGAGGGAACAGUCUCUGGAAGAUUUGUUUCUAAUCAGAUGCCAAACUUCAAUUUGUGUUA